ACUGAACGCAUCCUUAAUAAAAAUCACGUAAUUUUUUCUGUCGCUAAUUUUCCGGAAGAACAAUAUUAUUUCAAUGGGUUAUAUUUUAAGAGUGGUGCUAAUUCAUUAACAGCAAAGUGUUAACUAUAAUGAAAUAAAAGAUUCCUUUGUAAAGUGAAAUUCAAGUUGCUGUUUUGAUAAAAAUUUCUUUUGUUUUGAUUAUUUCUCCGAAAAUUGAUUUCUUCAUCGUAAAAAUCAAAAUUAUAAGUGUUUUUUUGUAAAGUAUUCAGUUUUAAAGAUGGCUAAGUACUACGAAAAUUCCACAGUUUUCAAUUAUAAUUAUGAGCAAGUGUUACAAGGAUUCUGGAAGCGAUAUCCGAAUCCUUACUCGACUCAUGUGCUAUCUGAAGACACAAUACAAAGAGAAAUUCGAGAUGACGGCAAAUUGUACAGCAAACGUAUCUUAACAAAAACAAACCGAGUACCAAAAUGGGGCGAACGAUUCUUCAAAGCAAAGUUUGUGUGCAUCGUAGAAGAGUCGCUUGUCGAUCCAAAAGCAAAAACACUGACGACCCACACUCGAAAUAUCGGAUUUAAUAGAAUUAUGAGCGUCACCGAGAGAGUUGUUUAUCAAGCAGAUCAUCAUGGUAAAACAAUUGCAAACCGUUCAGCAUGGAUUGACUCACAAGUGUUCGGUUUUGCAACUCCUAUCCGAGCUUUUGGUUGUGAAAGAUUUAAGAAAAACUGCCAGAAAUCAAAUCUCGGCUUCAAUUACAUUCUGGGAAUUUUAUUUCCAUUACAAAAUCCUAACAGUAGUCUGCAUCAACAAGAUGUGACACAGAAGUUUAAAGACGUAGCAAAAACAGCGGGCGAACAUAUGAAAGAGCAAAUUUACCAAGCAUCACACUACAAUGUCAGUCAGAAUUAAGAAAUGUUGGUGUUGAUGGCAAUUGAAUGAGACUAAUGAUGUUAUUUAGCUUUUAAGAAAUUUUUCCUCAUCUCAAUUCUUUCGAUUCUUUUUCUUCUUCUUUCAAAAAUUAUUCUUCAAUUUCAAAUUUGUUUUCUUUUCAUUUAAAAAGUACAAAUCGGAAGAAAAAUUUCCAACAGGGAAAUAAGUUUUCAAAUAAGAAACAACAUUGCUUAGAUAUAUUAAGUAUUAUGGUCAACAUUAAUGGGAAUCAAAAAAAGAAAAGUGUUUUAAUGUCAAGUUUCUUUCUCUCGCGUCAUUCCAAGAAACUUCCUUUUUUAUCCACAAUUAAUUGUAAUUUGUGAGACUUCAUUUGUCACAUCAACAUUAUUCUUAUUCAAGUUCUUGACAAUUCAUUAGCUUUGAGAUGAAUGAACGACCGCAACCCAAAAAACUUAUUAAAUCGAAAACAAUUAAAAGAAAAACUGUUUUUCUUCUCUACUAGAAAUAUCAAAGUUCGUGAAUAAGAAAAUGUAGAAGAAAAUAAAAAAAGAACUAAAAUUAUGCAAUGAAAGUGUGUUUGUAUAAAGCGUUGCACAACAAGAAAUGAUGUCAAGUUCGAUGAUGAAAAGAAUCUUCUUAAAAACGUUUUUCUUUAUUAAUUAAAUAGAUGGAAGUGAACUUUUUCUAAACUAUAAUUAAAAUUUCUUUAAUCCUAGAAAUAAAAUGUUUUUCA